AUGGUGUUCUUUAUUACAUUUUUUACGGCGUCUUUGUCCGGAGAGCGCGUGGAGGUCCGACCUCCCAUUGUUUACAGCAGGGAUCAGCUGUUAGCCCUCGGAGCCUCCGCUGCCAUGCCUACCGCCGAGCAAGCUAACAUCCCCCGCGAGGUGAGGAGGAAGAGACGCGGUACUCGGGCCGGGAUUGGGCGUCGCAGUAAAGUUAGGAGUAAAAGCACUCUGUGUGGGGAACAUGAGAGCCAGACCAAAGCUCAGAGGAAGAAACGAGGUAGAAGAAGAAAACGUAAACCUAAAUCUGAACCACAAACUGGACCUGAACCCAGAAAGCAUGACAAGUCUAAAAGCCCUCCUACCAAUUUUAAAGUCCAGCCUUUGUCUGCUGCAGAGGGGAUCGAUGGGAGACCUGGACCUGGACCUGAACCUGAAACCAGCUGUGUGUCCCUAAAGAGUCACUCAUCAAAGGGAAUUAUUAUUGACUUUAAAUCAGGCGUGUGUCCUCCUGCAGAGAGAGGUCAGAGGUCACAGUCUGCAGGAUCCAGCUGUCCGUCUGUGAGGAGUGACCGGUCCAAAGAUCUACCUCCAGCCUUCAGUGGUGAACCUGGACCAACGAGAGUGGACCAGCAGAGCUCAGAGGUUCCCAGUGGUCAGUCUGCCCAGCAGCAUCAAACACAGCUGGACUCCAUAUUUAUGCUGCUGGAGGACAACAUCAUCACUUUUGUGAAGAAUGAGCUGAAGAAGAUCCAGAAGGUUCUGAGUCCAGAUUACCCAGAAUGCUUAGAGAGUCAGAGGAGCAGCAGCAGAGAGGCAUUUGUGAAGAUCACAGUGGACUUCCUGAGGAGAAUGAAGCAGGAGGAGCUGGCUGACCGUCUGCAGAGACAACUUCAAGCUGCAGUUUGUCAUCGUAACCUUAAAUCUGCCCUGAAGAAGAAGUUCCAGUGUGUGUUUGAGGGCAUCGCUAAAGCAGGAAACCCAACCCUUCUGAAUCAGAUCUACACAGAGCUCUACAUCACAGAGGGAGGGACUGCAGAGGUCAAUGAUGAACAUGAGGUCAGACAGAUUGAAACAGCAUCCAGGAAACCAGACAGACCAGAAACAACAAUCAGACAAGAAGACAUCUUUAAAGCCUCACCUGGAAGAGAUGAACCAAUCAGAACAGUGCUGACAAAGGGAGUGGCUGGCAUUGGGAAAACAGUCUUAACACAGAAAUACAGCCUGGACUGGGCUGAAGACAAAGCCAACCAGGACAUCCAGUUCAUAUUUCCAUUCACUUUCAGAGAGCUGAAUGUGCUGAAAGAGGAAAAGUUCAGCUUGGUGGAACUUGUUCAUCACUUCUUUACUGAAACCAAAGAAGCAGGAAUCUGCAGCUUUGAAGACUUCCAGGUUGUGUUCAUCUUUGAUGGUCUGGAUGAGUGUCGACUUCCUCUGGACUUCCACAAAACUACAAUCCUCACUGACCCUAGAAAGUCCACCUCAGUGGAUGUGCUGCUGAUAAACCUCAUCAGGGGGAAACUGCUUCCCUCUGCUCGCCUCUGGAUAACCACACGACCUGCAGCAGCCAAUCAGAUCCCUCCUGACUGUGUUGGCAUGGUGACAGAGGUCAGAGGGUUCACUGACCCACAGAAGGAGGAGUACUUCAGGAAGAGAUUCAGAGAUGAGGAGCAGGCCAGCAGGAUCAUCUCCCACAUCAAGACAUCACGAAGCCUCCACAUCAUGUGCCACAUCCCAGUCUUCUGCUGGAUCACUGCUACAGUUCUGGAGGAUGUGCUGGAAACCAGAGAGGGAGGACAGCUGCCCAAGACCCUGACUGAGAUGUACAUCCACUUCCUGGUGGUUCAGGCCAAAGUGAAGAAGGUCAAGUAUGAUGGAGGAGCUGAGACAGAUCCACACUGGAGUCCAGAGAGCAGGAAGAUGAUUGAGUCUCUGGGAAAACUGGCUUUUGAUCAGCUGCAGAAAGGAAACCUGAUCUUCUAUGAAUCAGACCUGACAGAGUGUGGCAUCGAUAUCAGAGCAGCCUCAGUGUACUCAGGAGUGUUCACACAGAUCUUUAAAGAGGAGAGAGGACUGUACCAGGACACGGUGUUCUGCUUCAUCCAUCUGAGUGUUCAGGAGUUUCUGGCUGCGCUUCAUGUCCAUCUGACCUUCAUCAACUCUGGACUCAAUCUGAUGGAACAACAACAAACAACCUCCCAGAAGUCUGAAACGAGAGAAUCUGCAGAGAAACGUUUCUACCAGAGUGCUGUGAACAAGGCCUUACAGAGUCCAAAUGGACACCUGGACUUGUUCCUCCGCUUCCUCCUGGGUCUUUCACUGCAGACCAAUCAGACUCUCCUACGAGGUCUGCUGACACAGACAGGAAGUAGCUCACAGACCAAUCAGGAAACAGCCCAGUACAUCAAGAAGAAGCUCAGUGAGAAUCUGUCUGCAGAGAAAAGCAUCAAUCUGUUCCACUGUCUGAAUGAACUGAAUGAUCGUUCUCUAGUGGAGGAGAUCCAACAGUCCCUGAGAUCAGGACGUCUCUCCACAGAUAAACUGUCUCCUGCUCAGUGGUCAGCUCUGGUCUUCAUCUUACUGUCAUCAGAAAAAGAUCUGGAUGUGUUUGACCUGAAGAAAUACUCUGCUUCAGAGAAGGCUCUUCUGAGGCUGCUGCCAGUGGUCAAAGCCUCCAACAAAGCUCUGCUGAGUGUCCCUGACCUCUCAGACAGAGGCUGUGAAGCUCUGUGCUCAGUUCUCAGCUCCCAGUCUGCUACACUGAGAGAGCUGGACUUAAGUAACAACAACCUGCAGGAUCCAGCAGUGGAGUUUCUUUCUGCAGGACUGAGAAGUCCACACUGUAAAUGUUUGUUUAAUGUUUAUCUGUCAUUUUUCAGACUGAGUCACUGUAAGCUCUCAGAGAGAGGCUAUGAAGCUCUGUUCUCAGCUCUCAGCUCCCAGUCCUCUAGUCUGAGACAGCUGGACCUGAGUAACUCUGACCUGCAGGAUUCAGGAGUGAAGUUUCUGUCUGCUGGACUGAGGAGUCCACACUGUAAAAUGGAAACUCUCAGGGCGGAGCCUGCUGGAGUCCGAUGGUUGAGACCAGGUCUGAGGAAGUAUUCCUGUCAACUCACAAUCGACACAAACACAGUGAACACAAAGCUCCAACUGUCUGACAACAACAGGAAGGUGACACGUGUGGAGGAGGUUCAGUCAUAUCCUGAUCAUCCAGACAGAUUUGAUGUUGAUCCUCAGCUGCUGUGUAGAAAUGGUCUGACUGGUCGCUGUUACUGGGAGGUCGAGUGGAGAGGAGACGUUGAUAUAUCAGUGAGUUACAGAAGCAUCAGAAGGAAAGGAGGCGGUGAUGACUGUGUGUUUGGACACAAUGAUCAGUCUUGGAGUCUGUACUGCUCUGAUGAUGGUCCUCGUCGUGUCUGGCACAAUAACAGAACAACAUCCAUCUCCUCCUCCUCCUCUGUCUCUAACAGAGCAGCAGUGUAUGUGGACUGUCCUGCUGGCACUCUGUCCUUCUACAGCAUCUCCUCUGACACUCUGAUCCACCUCCACACCUUCAACACCACAUUCACUCAAACUCUUUAUCCUGGGUUUAGGUUUCUCUGGUCUCCUGGUGCCUCAGUGUCCCUGUGCUGAGUGUAAAGAGUGUCUCCUGUUAGAGAAACACUCUGACUGUUGAACAGAUAGUUCAGUCUGUACAUGUCUGUCUCUUUCACUCACAAACACGUUUUCACAUUCAUGGAU